UCCCAUGCCGACAGAGGUCGUCUGUCCAGAGAAUACAACCCUCAUUUUCGAUCGGUGUGUGCUCGUCCUUCCGUACCUCGUGGACGCCUUCCAGAAAGCGCAGGAGGGCUGCGCUGCCGGAGGAGGCGACCUGCUCAGACUCAACAACCCGGGAGUCAUGAGGGAGUUCUACUUCUUUGUCGAAGCUGAUGCAGGAAACUGGAGCGAAAUUAUCUUCGUUGAUGGCCAGCUGAACGACGUUGGAGAAUUCCUCUUUGGUGACCAUUCUAAAGUGCCGAUGGGUUCCUUGUACUGGCAGGUCGGGCACCCUAGCGGGGAGGCCGGCCAUCUACACUACUCUACUUCAGUCUACUUGGUGAACGACGUGCCAUGUGGUGGACCUCCUCCUCCUCCUCCUCCUUCUCCUACAACGACCACAACUACCCCUGCUCCGGUGGUGCCUGGGCCCCACGAGCACAGGCCGACGGGGCCCUUCCACGUGGCUUGCGAGAUGCCCCCUCUCUGA